ACACUACUCUGAAUCACUUUGUGAUUAUUUCUACCUAUUUCAGGGGUAUAACAUUUGAAGGCACCGCUGGGAUAGCUCUUCAGAUGCCCAGUGUCCACAACAUGGCGGCUGAGUUCUGAGGCAGCGAUUCCCCUACAAAACAACCCAGGCAGGCAGGCUACAACGGAGAGGAUGCGGCAGUGAGGAGGGCUGAAAGCUGGUAUUUGAGCACACGCUACCUGAGGCCAAAGAGUGAUCAUCAGGGGUAGGCUAGUUAUCAAGCCAAUCAUGGCCAAGAUCUCUCCAGUCCUACUAACAAUGGCCACCUUAAAAUAAUUACAAGAGGAAGUAGUAGGGGGGGCUACAUACUUUAAAUAGAGACCAUUUGCUGGACAUUUGUGAUUUUCUUAAAAUAUCAGGCGAAGAAAAGCAGACGUGAAGGAAGAAAAAUGAUCUGCCAGUGCAGCAAGAUAAUCACACUUGUUAAUAUUUCUUGAAACAAGAAAAAGAAAUCCAGAAAAUAAGACCGCUCAAAAUCUCAAUAUAGGCCUGGACUACUUGUUUUGAGCAUUCUUGUUAAGAUUUUUGGACAAAUUUGAAUAAGAUAUUUAUUAUUUUUUUCAGUAAAUAAAGGCUUGGAUACAAACCAGGUUAAGGCAAAUUUGCUCAAAAUAAGUCGAGAGAGGAUGAAAACAAGAUGAAGAUUCUUGUUUUAAGUACAUUGAGAAUCUCAUAUUAGUAGAUAAUUCUUAUAUAAGGAAGACUUGUUGAGAGAAAUUAUCCUGUUCCUGUCCCCACCAACUGACAAAAGCAGCUCAGACUUGCAGGGCGCAAAUCUGCUUGCGACACCCGCAAAUCUAAACCUGCCGGCAUUUCUGAAAAUUAACCUACCCCUUUCUCCACCCCAUGUGGAAACUACGACACCUCCGAAAUCGUGGCAGGAUCCUCCGCCUUCUGGCUAAGCUCGAGCUGGGUCGACUUCAGAAACUACAGGGCCUUUGACAUGCCCCGGCCCUCCGUUCACCGGGUAGUGCACAGGGUGAGUGCGAAGAUCGCUGCGCUCCUGUACACAGUGGUCCGACAUCCUACAGCAGAGGAACUCCCACGCCUGGGUAUCCGCUUCGCCCGUCUUGCUGGAACAGCAGCCUUCAGCAGAGUGGUGGGGGCUAUUGAUGGCUGCCACGUCAGGGUGAAGCCCCCAGCAGAGGAUGCUGCCUGUUAUUUUAACAGGAAGCUGUUCCACUCCAUCCAGCUGCAGGCCAUCUGUGAUGACCAAUGCAAAUUCCUGGAUGUGUUUGUGGGGUACACAGGGUCAGUGCAUGAUGCCAGGGUCCUGAGGAACAGCCCCAUCUAUUACGAGCAGUCCUACCCUCCACCAGGCUACUGUAUCCUUGGGGAUGGUGGCUACCCCUGCCUGUCCCAAUCUGCCUUAUGACCCCUUUCAGGCAGCCUGUCCGCAACCACCUCCAAGCUCGCAACAACUGCUGCCUGUCAAAGGCGAGGUGCGUUGUGGAGAGGUCCUUCGGGAUCCCGAAGACGCGAUGGCAGGGUUUUUCCUGCAUAGAGAAAAUUUGGGCGCGCGCCUAAGCCGUUUUCCUGAGCGCCUA